GCAGCACUCUUCCAACGAAGCAGAUGUCAAAACAUGGAGUGGGGUUGGGGCCUGCGGACGCUAUUUAUUCUUGUUUUAGUCGGAAACUUUGGUGUUAUUACAGCUAAAUUAUCAAGUCAUAGGCUAUGCUACGACAAAAAAUGCGAAGAGCCUGUGUCUCGGGGCAUGGUACUGAUGCGCUACACAGCCAGCGAGCCUGGCAUGCUCAGCGUCAAGCCCAACGACAAGGUGGUGGUGUACAGCUACCCGGCCGGUGAUAACCCCAGCCUGUAUGGCGUCGAGGUGAACGGUCGGCGCGGCUAUGUACCGAAAAACUUUAUACGAGAGCUAAAAAUGGAAAAGCGGCCAAAGAGGCUAGUAGAAGUCGAGCCAGUAAGACAGGGUAGAAGUAAAGAGGCGCGGCGGUCAAAGGGACCCGCCGAGCCGUUUUACCCGUAUAGUACCGAGUACCGGCAGAAUCAGCAGCUGCCCAGGCCGAGGGUGGUUGGCCUGGGUCAUGACUGGCAUCACAAGUACGUGAAAACCCUCCGCGAGCGGCAGCAGCAGCAGCAGCGUCUCCAAGAGGAGCAGGCUCGACAGCAGCAGCUGAAGCAGCAGGAAGAGGAGGCUCUACAGCAGCAGCAGCAACCACAACAACAGCUUCAAGAGGAGCAGGCUCGACAGCAGCGUCUUCAGGAGGAACAGGCCCGGCAGCAGCAGCUUCAACAAGAGCAGGCUCGACGGCAAGAGGAAGAGCAGCAGAGACUGCGCCUCCAGGAAGAGCAAAAACUGCAACAACAGCAGCACCUUCGAGACGAAGAGCUGAAACAGCAGCAGCAGACACAACAGAUCGAUGAACAGCAGAAACAGUGGCAACUACAACAACAGCAAGCGCAGGGACAGCAUCUUCACGCGCCGUCUGCCGCUGUGCCGGACCCUGGCGCGCGCCAGCCGCCGCCCGCUCAGGCCGGUGUGGACCCCGCCUCCUUCCAGCCGGCAGAUCAGCUGCUGGGGCAGCACCCACACCUCCAGCACGAUCACCCCCCGUCGCCGGCUGCAGCUCCCAGUCCGCGGCCGUCUGGGGCGGCCCUGGACGCCACCGGCGGACACCGCGGUCUGUUCGGAGCGGUGCCCGGCGCGGCGGCGUCCCAGCCGCCCCCGCCUCCGCCAGAGAUGCAGGUGACCCUGCCGGGGAUGGCCGAGGACCAGAAGACUCAGCCGCCUGUGGGUGCGGUGGAUGCCCAGACAGUGCCGCUCUCAUCUGAGGAGGUUGCCAAACGAACUGACCCGGCGGUGGCGGAUGGUGCCCAGGGGACAGAACCGGAAAGUGAGAAGCCGCCAGAAGCAACCGAGGCUUCCCCAGCUGACUCGACUGACAAUCAGGUCGGCCAGGAACCGGGUAUUGAGACUCCAGGCGCCGAGCUCGAGGCGGAUGACGCUGACUAUCCCGGAGACAAUGAAACUGACGACGUGGAUGACGCCGAAGAGGGUUACGACGCGACUGGUGGUGCCGACUCCAAAACUGAUCCAGCACCGAACUCGGAGCGGACGGAGACUGCGGCGGCGGGGCAGAGCGUGGGCGUGGGAACGAUAGAGCAGGUGGGCGGGCCGAGACCAGGCUCAGCCGAGCCGGUGCCACCGCUGUUCGGUGGUGGACCCGCGCAACCGGUGGAGCCGGUGGUACCGGAGAGUGAGAAGGCGGCAGAGAGUGGCACAGAACAGCCGGAGCAGGCGGCUGAAGGCGGGUUCUGGUCCUCUCUGGGCGGCGGCGCGCCGGCGGCUCCUCAACCGGCGGAACCUGCCAUCGUGGAACCUAUCGCUGAGGAGCCGGCUGCUGCGGAACCGGCCGCCACGGAACCCGUCGCUACGGAACCCGCCGCUGCGGAACCCGCUGCCGACAGUGCCGAGGCCGGCGGUGGCUUCUGGUCCUCCCUCAGUGGCACACCGGCUGCUCCAGAGCCCGCUGUCCCUGUGGCGGAUCCGUCCGCUCCUGUUGUUGACGGAACUGCCGUCCCGGAGGUGGGAUCAGACCCGCCCGCCGCCGUAACCAGCGCCGGCGGUACUGUAGACCCGGCCGCCGCUGACGCUGCCAGUGCCACUCCUGAGGCGGCAGCGGCUGAGCCGGCAGACCCGGCGGACCCGGCAGCUGCAGAGACAACGCCAGAGACCGCUGACGCGCUACCGUCACCAGCAUCUCCCGAGAUACCGGAGCCCGCUGGGUCCGGGGAUUCGUCAGCACCGCCGCCAGCGGUCGGUCACGGUUCCGCUGGUGUCGCCCCUGGGCCUGUUCUAUCGGCGGAGCUCAGCGGAUUGGGCGGUGCAGGCAGUCCGACACCCGCCCCGCAUCAGCCCGUCAUCACCGCUGAGGGAGCGACGGUGUCCUCCGCGGUUCAAAUAGACGGUGUACCGGCGACUGUGGAUGAUGUGACGGAGAAGAAUGACUCCCUUGUCGAGUUACCGUCUGUGGAACAGACAUUGGGGACAGGUGAAGAGAUUCAGACAGAAGCUGAGGAAAAUGGGACAGGCGGCUCGGUGGCAGACGGCGGUGAUUAUCGUGAGUUAUCCGAGGACAGCGAGGUUUUCUCGAAUGGCGGUGACGAGAAGGAAGUGGUGUCUGAUGAGAAGAAAAAUGAGGACGUGGGAGCACAAGAUGUUGAGGAGAAUAACAAUCCAGAGCUCCAACACAUCGAGACAUCUUUACCGGAUUCGAGAGACGGACAUCUGAUACAGCAUGUGACUUUGGAGGACACCGCGGGGAAAGAGAAACAAGAGGCGACUGGAAAGGGCGCAGAGCCUGGAGACAGUGCAGCAAACAAGGUGACGGACCAGGUGGAACAAGAUGAGGAGGACUUUGAGGAAGAUGACGAUGGAUUGGAUGAUGAUGAGGAGGAGGAUGAGGAACUUGAUGGUGAUGAUGAACUUGAAGAUGAAUCUGAUAAUACUAACGACGAACAAAUAAACUCAGAGCCUGAUGGUAAUAGUGAGGGGUUGAAGCCAAGCGACCAAACCACCAAGGAGUUGGACACUGGACCCAGUGUGGCACCAGUUGCCGAACCACCUUCCAUGGACAGUGUUCAGAGGCGUGGGGAUAUCACUGAGCAGUCGUUGGCAGUGGAUUCAUCACCGCCAACCGAAGAGGCAGUUGCUGAACACGCUGAACCUGUCGUUGACUCGCAUGGUGUACCUAACGUUGAAGGGCAUGAGCCAGAAGCUGAACAAAAUAUCGACACACAAACUCUGCCAGAUGUGAAAUCCGAACACCCCGAACUACACUCGGCGGAUAAUUCCUUUGAAGAGGCAUCCGGUUCAGUUGAGCCGGAGCCAGCCUCCCCCACCGCCGCCGAGUCUGACAUCAACGAAGAGCAGCACGACAGCGUCGUGGGUGUUUCUGAUCCACCUGCAAACGAGCUGCCUCCCAUUGAAGACACUCCUACCACCACUGCCGUUCCAAACGCCGUAAACCACGACUCCGCCUCCACCGAGGACGACUCCGAGUCGACACACUCCGCCCCACCUGACUCCGUCCCCUCUGAGUCGGUCCCCUCUGACUCUGACGACUCCGAUCCUGACGUGGCCGACUGGAGUCUCUCUUCACCGGACGACUCCCGGAUGGACGAAGACGCUGAGCGAAACUCAGAGCGGGGACAACUGAGAAAGCGCCGGCGGCUGGUACAGCAGCUGAAGCGGCGGAGACUGCUCAACGACGCCCCGCCGUCCGGCCACGACCCCCUCUCGGGUCUGUACAGCCCACCCCCCGCCGACGGGCCGCCACCCACCGACCACUCCAGUUCGAGCGACUCUGCACCGACCGACCCGUCAGCGACCGGGUCGAAUCCGACCGACCCCUACGCAGCCGACCUGGCCUCGAGCGGCCCCGCCUCGAGCGACCCAGCCUCGAGCGACCCCGCCUCGAGCGACCCCGCCUCGAGCGACCCAGCCUCGAGCGACCCCGCCUCGACCGGCCCGGCCUCGACCGGCCCCGCCUCGAGCGAGUACGCGUCCUCGUACCCGCCUUCCACCAGCGGCAGCGUGGAGAGCCCCUAUGCCGAGCCGGAGCCGGACAGUGCCCACAGUCAGGCCCAGAGUGCCUACGGAGGGAGUGCCUAUGGGGAAAGUGCCUACGGAGAGAGUGCCUACAGUCAGUCGGAGCCCGAGGCGCCUGGACUGCUGGAGGAGGUGACGGCAACGCUGCUGCCGUCCAGCCUGUGGGGUCUGGUGGAUGGUUACUCGGCCGGCCACGACUCGGACACCUGCGCCGGAGCCGGCGGCGGCGCCCGCGUCUCCGUGCUGCUCUCCACCAUCGGACUGGCGCUCACGGUGCUCCUCAUCGGAGUGCGAGCCGUGGCGCAAUUCCGGUGUGACUCGGAACUGAAGCGGACCAUCAGCAAGCUGCACCAGCGGCUGACCGUGUAUAAGGAGGAAACGGACGCGCUCAAAUCCAAACUAGAUGCAACGAACAAACAGUUACUGGAGGGCGGCUCGGCGGCCACACAGGCGGCCCUGCAGGCAGCCGCCGCCGAUCAGCAGGCAGCUGAGGAGGAGCUCGAGGAGGCCCGACACCAGAUCAGCGAGCUCGGGAAACAGGUGGCCGGCCUGGAGCAGGAGCUGCAGGAGGCCCAGCAGCUGCUCGAGGAGCAGACGGCCGUCAUCAGCACCCACCAGAGCGCGUCCAACAACCCCCAGCUGGACUCUAUGAUCGUCGAGACGGUGGGCAAGCUGGAGUCGGACCUCAAACAGCAGCGCAAGAAGCUGAUGGGCGAGAUCGAGAAGCUGAAGAAGGACAAGAAGAAGCUGGCCGACGAGCUGGCCGUAUCGCGGCCGCUCAUCAAACAGCUCGAGGCCAAAGUCACAGAGCUGGGCAGCAGCAGCCGGGUCAGUGCCGAGGUCGAGGAGCAGCACCGCCGGACGGUGGAGGAACUCACGGAGCGAGCUCAGAAGGAGACGGAGCGGUGCGCGGCCAUCGCAGAGGAGAGGGACGCCGCUGCUGAAAAGCUGUCUGCCCUGGAGCCGCGUGUGACCGAGUUGGAGAGCGAGCGGGACUCUGCUCGCGACCAGGCCGACACGCUGACACAGGAGGUGGACGCGCUGAAGACCAUGCUGAAGACGGUCCAGGACGGCACUGACAACGGCUCUGAAGAGAAGAUCCAGGCGCUGCUGGAGGGCGGAAAGCUGAAGGCUCAGGUGGAAAAGCUGACCAAAGAGCGCGCCAAGCUUAAAGAGAAAUGGAAGCAAGAACGAGAAAUGCUCAAAAAGGCUCAAGAGGCGGAGAAAACGCUGAGCUCGGAGCUGAGUCAGCUCUCGGAGCGCUGCGAAAAGGCCGAGGUCGACCGGUUCGAGGCUGAGUCCAAACUGGAGCACCUCGAAAAGUACUUCCAGAAAAAGGAACUCUCCUUCCAAGAGGAGAUGGGCGUGCUCAAGUCGCGGUUGACCCACUCGGAGGGAGACGCCUCCAGUAACCAGGGGCUGCUCGUGCAGUACGAGGAGCAGAUCGCCACCUAUCGCUCCCAGGUGGAGUCGCUUAAACAGGAGAUCCAGGAGACGGAGCGUUCGUUCCGGUCUCAGAUCCAGGCUCUGGAGAAGCGCGCCCACGAGAGCUGGGUGACGUGUCGCCAGGCCGAGCGGCGAUUGGAGGAGGCGAACCGAGAGGCGCAGCAGUACAGGGCACUGCUGACGAAGGCAGAAGAAGAGAAGAAUAAUUUAGUAAAUGGGCAAGCAAGUUUGCAGUCUUUCAACUCGAAUGGCACGGGCGCGGUGUCCCCUGGCCCGGAGGUGGACCCGCUGGCUGACCCCCUGCUCUCGGCAGCGUUCCUGCCCCCUCCGCCCCCUCCCGGCCUGGACCCGUUCCUGGCGGCGCCGCCGCCGCCACCGGCCGGCGCCGACCCAUCCUCGUUCCUGCCGCCGCCGCUGCCGCCGCUGUACGCCGCGCCCCUGCCGCCGCCCGACGGACGAUACGACGAGUUCGGACCGCGCUACGGGCGCGACUCUCCUCUGUCGGAGCGCUCGCACCGCUCGGAGCGUGGCUACGUGUCGCCGCCGCCGGCCGGCCGCCGUCCGACAGGUAGAGACUGGUCGCCGCCGGCGGCCGGGCCGCGCCGCACCCUGUCGCGCUCCUCGUACAGCCCUGAUCGGCUGAGUGACAGCCGCGGCCUGUCGCCCGAGCGGCGCCGACCGCCUCUGCCGCGCUACGUCGGAGGUCACGACGAGUACCGAGGGCCGAAGACGUCCUCUCCUCUGGUACAAGACGACUACGGCCGGUCACACGACAAGCGGAAGCAGCCAUACGACAGGAUCUAAUAGCUCUCUCUCGGCGGCCGCGCCGCCCCCGCCCUCCUGUACGGGUCUCCGCCGCCCCCGCCCCCGCCGCGGGGAGGGCGGCCGCCCACCAAAGCCCGGCGCAUGGACCGCCGGUAUAUCUGUUGAACAAGGACCCCCUCGGCCACUGCCGCCGCCCGCGCGGAGUGCCCCACUAUGUGCAUUACGAGCUGUAGGCGCACCACCAGCCGCGUCCCCGAGAUCCGGGCACGGCCGGCGCCGCAGUCUGUUGUUGUGCUCCAUUGAGCAGACGGAAGCCUGUAUAUAGCCUUUAUUUAAAGCCGCCACAUUCCGCGCGCGGGCGCCGCCGCGCCGGCCGCGUCUCCCCAGGCCCUGGCCACCGGCCGGGCCCCGUGAUAUAUCGCUGUAGGCGGGCCGAGCUCCAGUGUACGGCGGAAAUACGGACCGCCGCGGAGUGACCGAAUCGUUAGUGAAGUGAACAGACGACUCCCGUACGAUAAAUACAAGGUUUGGGAACAUUU